UUAAUUAAAAUAAUUAUUUUUAACAUAGAAUAAGAUAUAUUUGAGUAUAAAUAAAAUAUUUUUACCAUCGUAAAAUAUUAUCAAUCAUGAAAAAAUUUAUUGGAUGGCAUCAGUUCAAAACACUUUUUUUAAGGACCACACAUAAAUUGGAAAGAAAGGUCAGUAGGACUAUCAGCCCUAAUCUUAAAAUUUAACAUUCUAUUUUAAUAAUAUGGUAAAUAUAGUGUAUUAGUUUAUUACAGCAUUAAAAAUGAUUUUUAUUUAUUAUCUUAAGUUUAAUCAAGGUAAUGAUACAGCGAAUUUUAAAACAUUUGAUUUUUCCAAUCAACAACCACCACCCUCUUCAACUUUUCCAUCAUUCGUCACUUAUAAUUUGCCAACCGAGCUAACUCCCUCUCAACUCGAUUACUGUCGAUCUCUCAUAAAUAUGUACAUGGUGAAUUCAGAUAUGACUAUGCUAAAAUCUUCCCUGAAGAAUCACAAGAUACCCGAUAUUUAUUCGCUCUUUUAUAAUUUUAUCAAAAACAAAUCGCCCGAUAUAGACAAAAUUGGAAUGCUAUUAGUAAAGAUUAUAACUGACAAAAAUAUGAACAGCAAUGAAAGCACUGAAUGCACAAAUGAUUUGAUGAAAGCGAUAUUUCAAAAUUCUGCCAAAUAUAAUGAAAAUCAACUGAUAUCGUCUCUACUUUCUCAUUCUGGUUUUCUUAAGAGUGAAGACAAAAAAUUUGUCAAGCCAAAUCCUGAAGAUAUGGAAAAAGUUAAUAAAGCAUUAAAAAUUAUAUCAGAAAAGCCAUAUAUAACUAGCUCGGCUCACGAUAUGCUGAAAGCCUUUAUAAAAUGAAUGCAAUUACUCUGAAUUAAAUUAAUGUUUUUACCAAAAUAUUUGUAAAUUAGUGCUUAAAUAAUUUUAAUGCUAUGUUUUCGCGUCGACUUUUAUUCAAUAUUUAUAUUAUUUUUUUUAUAAUAAA